AUGGCAUCGAAUACAAGCUCUCUCUUCGGAGGGGGGUGGUCUUGGAAGCACAACAACCCCUCAGCAGUCGAGUCUUUUCGGGUCGAACACCGGUACGAGUGCAUUUGGAUCCGCCGCCCCUUCAUCUGGAGCUGCGCAGGGCGGCCAGACCUCUUCGCUAUUUGGACAAACCCAGACUCAGCAGCAACAACCCGCCCAGACCUCGUCAUUCAAUCAACCAACACCGCUCAAGCACAAGGGGGAGCAUCCGCCCAAGCAACCCAGCCUGCUUUCUUCAACAGCCUGCUGGAGCGUGGUAAAAAGCGCCCACUAUCUUCAACCGCACAAAAUGGACACUUUGAAGAUAUCCCCAGUCUGCAACUCGGCCUGGAUGAUAUUCGGAGGAAGGCAAGGGAGCUGGGUACAUCUGGAAACAAGGACUCCCAACAGACCACGAGCAAAGCUCACUAUUUACUUGCCUCUUCUGGGAUCGCUCCUAGUCGCACUUUGCGUGACCUUCGAUCUCUAGACCCGCAGGCAUCUGUCGCUGCGACCAGGGAAGCGGACAGCUUCGACCCCGAUAAUCAACGCUUUCUUCGAAAUAUCCAACAGCGUGGUCGGCAGGCCAUGAUCGCGGAGAGCCUCUCUCGCGCCCAGAGAGACUUCGAUUCAUUCUUGGAAGAAAAGGUCGACAUGGACUGGGAGGAUCAACGCCGGAGAAUCUUUGAUCACUUUGGACUUUCUCAGAAGGAUGCUGCCAAUGCUGGUGGUCAACUGAAAUCCACCACGACAGGAGCCUUUGGUCGAUCCGGAAGACAAUCCAAGCAAGCAGGCCUGAACCCUGGCGCCGCUGCAUCUCGCAGGAGCGUCUUUGGGCGUUCCGGUCUUGAUAGAUCUGUUAUUGGGACCCCCGGAGCGGGCCUGGCGAGUCGCCAACUUUUCGAAGACCCCGCGGAGCGCAGCGAGGGCCUGACUGCGCCUUCGGCAAAUAUGAGAUUCUCGCUUCUCAGAGGUAGAAUUACAAUCCGGCGGCGACAUCCCCACCAAAUCUUUGAUGCCUAUCAAGCUCUGAUCAAUAUUGUUGGCGAGAAGCCAAGCAUUUCUGGCGCCGAGGAUCCCCUGGCUGUGAAAGAGCGUCAUUACGCCGACUCCUAUCUGGAAGAAUCCACAAAGUCCCGCACAGCAAUUAAACUCAAGCAACGAAUCAUUGAGGGAUCAAGAACCUAUCUGGAACACAUGUUUUACAGCCAGGUGGAAGCUGACAUCGCCAAGAACCCUCGUGAAGCGCAGGUUGGUGGAAUUCCCAGUGUGAUCAAUAAGAUCCGUGCGUAUAUUCGCCUUCGUGCGGCCAGGAAAGAUCUGGCGCCAGAUGGAACGGAGCUGCAGAUGAUUGGACCGGAUUAUUGCUGGAUUCUCAUCUUCUACCUUCUUCGAUCCGGCCAUAUCGACGAUGCGGUCCUGUACGCGACGAGCGACGGUGGAUUCAAGUCGAUGGAUCACAAGUUUGUGACUUAUAUUGCUACCUGGGCGAAGGAAAGGCGACUUCCCCGGGAUCUGCAGCAGAAGAUCAACGGCGAGUAUCAACAGCGUGUGCGAAAUGCCCCCGAGGGUACUGUUGACCCGUUCCGAAUGGCCUGCUACAAGAUCAUUGGACGAUGUGAUCUUAGGGAACGUCGUCUGGAUGGUGUCAACCAGAGUGUCGAGGAUUGGAUGUGGCUGCAGUUCAGCCUCGCACGUGAGGAUGACCGCGCUGAGGAGGCCGCUGGCGAUAUCUUUGGCCUCGAGGAUAUUCAAACUGAUAUCACAGAAAUCGGUCAAAGGGUGUUCACCAAGGGCCAGGACGGGCCCGGCGGUUACGGAACAUUCUUCCUCCUUCAGAUUCUUGGAGGCAUGUUCGAGCAGGCUGUGGCAUACCUGGGUACCUAUAAUUCCGUUGCGGCUGUUCACUUUGCUAUUGCAUUGGCAUACUACGGUCUCUUGCGCGUGUCAGACUUCUACGUUUCCGGGGAUGAAAUCCUUUCUUUCACAGUGAAGCAGUUCCCGCAAAUAAACUUCGGAUACCUGAUCACCCAAUACACGCGGGAAUUCCGAACCGGAGACACCUUCCGGGGGGCCUUGGGCAAAUCCCAGUCGUCUGUAUGCCAUGAGGCAUUGCGCGAGUUCAUUCUCGAGACCAGAGAUUUCGCCAAAUUGCUCGGCGACAUUCGUUCGGACGGAUAUAGAAUCAAGGGCGUGAUCGAGCAACGCCUUUCCCUGAUCAACCUCACAAACCAGCAAGACUUCUUGAAGAACAUCACUGUCCAGGCUGCUGCAGUGGCAGAUGACAAGGGAUUGGUGACCGACUCUGUCCUUCUCUACCAUCUGGCAGAGAACUACGACCGAGUGAUUGAAAUCAUUAACCGGGCAUUGUCAGAUGCCAUUGCUGUUGAAUUAGGCGGCGCCGUCUCCAAGCUUCAACCUCUUCGACCCAGAGCCGAACAAGGCCAGCAAGAAGAGCCUGGCAGCAGUCUCAGCCUGACCACCGUUGACGACCCCGUCGCUCUCGGCAAAAACAUGAUGAGUCUUUAUGAGUCUCAGCCAAUGUAUUACGAAAAUAUCCGACCGAUCCACAAAGACUCUUGUAUCCUACUCAUCCGAAUGAUGGAAGCCAAGAUCGAGGUUGAAGCUGGCAGAUGGCCGGAAGCACUCGACGCCAUCGACCGCCUGGGCGUUCUCCCCCUUCGUGCCAACGGCUCAAUGUCCCACAUUCGCAGCGCCGCUCAAGCAUUCUCCUCCUUCCCGGAGAUCAUUUCACGCAACAUCGGUCCCGUCAUUAUGUGGAGUAUCGCGUGCAUUGGCUACGAGCGUCAUAAGCAGACUUCGGGCCCCUAUGAUACUGCCACUCACCAGGGCUUUGCGGAACAAUUGCUCGGUAUGGCUAAGGAUCUCAUGGUCUUUUCUGGAAUGGUCAAGUACAAAUUGCCUCCUAGGGUUUAUGAGGCUUUGGCGAGGGCUGGUGCCGAUAUUGGUGCCUACUAG